CUUCUCUUCUUCUUCUUCUUCGUCUUCGUCACUGAGUCAUCUCCGUUGCCCGAUACAAGCACCUAGUUAUGUAUAUGAAUCACUGCUCGUCCUUAUGCGCCUCUUCAGCAUUCUGCUCUCCUUGCCGGCUCUCCAAUUCGGUCCAUCCGGGCCAGUCUCGGCAGCUGAGUUUCCCUCCGUCUUCUAACCCUACGGCUCUUCAUUUCUCCGCACUUAAUUACACCCCUCUCCUGUGUCCUGGAUUAAUCUCUGCCCCUCCCUGCUCCGCCGUGUCUUCUCGAGCUGGUUCUAAUAUAAGUGAUGAUAUGCUUGAUGAAUUGAUUGAAAAAUAUGGAGAGCUGGUGUUUAAAAGAAAUGACAACAAACCUGCGAGUGAGGAGGUUGAGGACGAUGCUGUAAGCCUAUCGUUUGCUUUAGCAGCGGCUAAUGUUGCGAAUGACAUGAAGGCUGCAUACAUAAAAGUUCUUUUUGUGAAGCCUUUGGUUUAUUGGACUAGGUUUUUCAUCAUUGCCACUGCAUUUUCUCGCCCACAAAUUGACGCCAUCAUGACCAAAAUCAGAGAUUUGGGUGAGAAGCAGUUUGGAACAAUUGCAUCUGGAGAUUUAAAACCAAAUUCAUGGACUUUGCUGGACUUCGGUGACGUUGUGGUACAUAUUUUUCUGCCUGAACAGCGGGAGUUCUAUGACCUUGAAACGUUUUAUGGAAACGCAACACCGAUUCAACUGCCUUUUGAAAACCAACAACUUCAACAUUCACAAAAUUUUGAGCCUGGAGAUAGGGAUGGUCACAACAAUUGGCAAAUGAGCAGAUGAACAAAUGCAGGGGCAAGGUACACCAAGGAACAAAUGAACUAGACUUGUUAACUCUUCUUAGGCCUUUAUCUCACAGUGUCGACGGCAAUUAGCAUAUGUUAUGAGGUACUCCGUAUUUUUUCGGGGUGCCAUUGUACUACUCUCAGGUUGAAAAAAGAAAGAAACAAGGAUGGAUAUGUACUUGUAGUCCUGUAUUUCUCCAAAGAGGUCUCGGCUAAUUGAUUGUUGUUGUACUUAACUUAAUUGUACUGUAAUUCUUAGAGCUCGAUCAAUAAUUAUAUUGAGGACCAUUCUCUAUUAAUAAGAAUAAAACAUUAUAUGCCUU